ACACUGGUAGGCUUCGCCGAUAGAGGGAGGGAGAACGCGUAUUACCAUCGUUUAAAAAUAAAUAACUAUAUUAUUGUUUCACGUUUUUAAAGGGAUAGGUAACGUGACGUAUAUUAGUUGUUUAUUUGGAGUUGUAACAACAUAGUAAAGGUAGAUGAGAAUGCAGAGUGUCAAGUUUCAGAGUGGAGACACAGUGAUGGGCCGCUGGCCCGGCAGCAGCUUGUUCUAUGAGGUCAAGGUGCUGAGUUAUGAUCCCAAGAGUCAGUUCUACACUGUGAUCUACAAGGAUGGCACCGAACUGGAGCUCAGAGAGACCGACAUCAAGAAUAUUGCUGGGUUCAAACCAAGCCGUCGAUCUCGUUCUCGCUCACGCUCACCUUCACGGCGGCGUAGUCGCUCCCGUUCUCCUGCCAGGACCACCAGGCGCUCUUCAUCGCGCACUGCUAGCAGCACUGUUGUUACCGUGGAGACCCCCGCUGCACGCAAAGAGUCCAAACUGAAAGAAGUGCUGGAGGUCCGACUAAGCCCUGUGACAAAGCCGGUUGAGAACAAUAGCAACAAUAAGCAUGAAAAGAAAGAGGAGAAUAAUGCUGCUAAAGUCAAUGAGAGUCCUGCACAGGUGGAGCCAGAGAAGAAAGUAGUGGAGAGCCGCUACAACCUGAGACGCAGGAAAGAAGACAGCGACUCCAAGUCCGCUGAGCAGACGGAGAAGGAGGCCGAGGUCAAGCCUGUGGCAGCCACAGCCCCUAUCACCACUGAGCUAGAGUUUGGAGGGACGCUAGGAGUGUUCUCCAUGAUGCUGCUCCUUCCUGCCACCGUGUUGGGUCUGGUGGUGAUUUGCGGACAGGAGGAUGCCAGCUUGAUGAACUACCCUUCUUUGCCAGCACUGGACUCCCUGUGGGACACGCAGGUUUUUGGCGUUGUGGUCCUGUGGUUCCUCUUCCAGGGUGUGCUCUACCUGCUUCCUGUGGGAAAGGCUGUGGAGGGAAUGGCCCUGAAGAAUGGAGACAGGCUGAAGUACAGAAUGAACUCCCUCCAUGCAUUUGUGCUGACUGUGGCUUGCCUGGGGGCUUUAAUGUACUGGGAGGUGGACCUGGGAUACAUCCACAGCCACUUCCUCCAGCUGGCUGUGUCCUCCCUACUCCUCUCGGUCUUACUCAGUGUCUACCUGUAUGUGCGUGCUCGCUGGGCACGCGAAGAUCAGCUUGCACCUGGAGGAAACUCUGGCGGUCUAAUUUAUGACUUCUUCAUGGGACGGGAGCUCAACCCUCGGAUCAAAGGCUUUGAUCUCAAAUACUUCUGUGAGCUACGCCCAGGAUUGAUUGGUUGGCUGGUUAUCAAUGCUGCCAUGGCCCUGGAGGAGAUGAAGCUCCACAACCUGGAGUAUCCUUCACCAGCCAUGAUCCUGGUCAACUGUUUCCACCUGAUCUAUGUGCUGGAUGCCUACUGGCAUGAGGAGGGUGUCCUCAGUUACAUGGAUAUAACCCAUGAUGGGUUUGGCUUCAUGCUGGCAUUUGGAGACUUGAUGUGGGUCCCCUUCACCUUCAGCCUCCAGGCGUACUACCUGGUGCAUCAUCCUAGCCACCUCUCGCUCCCCUGGAUUGUGGGCAUCACCGCUCUCAAUAUCAUAGGAUAUUGCGUCUUCCGAAAAGCUAACUCUCAGAAGAACGCCUUCAGGAGAAACCCUUCAGACCCCGCUUUGUCCCAUCUAAGGACCAUCCCCACUGCUACAGGGAAGAGCCUCCUGGUGUCUGGUCUGUGGGGACUGGUCCGUCACCCCAACUAUUUGGGGGACCUCAUUAUGGCUCUGGCAUGGUCCCUACCCUGUGGGUUCACCCACAUCCUGCCAUACUUCUAUGUGAUCUACCUGUCCGUCCUCCUGGUUCAUCGGGAGGCCCGGGACGAGGCCCAGUGCAGGAGGAAGUACGGCUCGGCGUGGGACGAUUACUGCAGAGAGGUCCGUUAUCGCAUAAUCCCCCGGGUGUACUGAUGCCCACCCCCAACCCGUCACGCGCCCUCUUCUCUUAGCUUACAGGUCAUCACAUGGCUGCAUGAGUCAUUUGGAAAUUAGAAUUUAAAGACAUUGGGACACUUGAAUAAAAAAAAUGGGAAAGUCCUGCAGUAGCAGCUUUUAAAGUUUCACUGUUCUAGGAAGGUAAACACAUUGGCUGGCUGAAUUUGAUUAAUGCCUUUGUUUAUGAAGCAAAAAAGUCAUCAGUUGAAGUGAUGUAUAUAUUUUUCUACAUGUACAUAUCUUUUUUUUUGUACUUAAAUAUACAGUACCUGUCACCAAAUUGCAUAUUUGAUCUGUUUUAAUGUUGUUUUCUUUGCUCUCAUAUUCAAAAUAUUAUAGUAUUUGCUUGGCUUUUAUUGUAAAGUAUUUUGCAAUGAUUCCUUUGAGGUACAUUUGCUCUUGUAUAUUGUGAAUGAUGAGAUUUUAAUGCUCUUUAUCUAUAUAGUUGAAAUAGGACUAAUGUUCUCCCUCAGGAAUAUAACAUUGUCAUGAAAUUGCAUAUACAGCUCUGGAAAAAAUUAAGAGACCACUGCACCUUUCUCUUUCCUU